GGCUAUGCUGAAAGUAGCCUGGGAGAAGAUAUGCGCCGAUCGAUACGCUGACUUCACCUAUAGGAUGAGAAGAAGCGGUAAGAAACAACGGUGCGUGUCUCAGGAGAUAUGGGAGAGCUGGCAAAAGGCUUGGGAGGAUCCUGCAUUCAAGAGAAAGCGGGAGAUGUUUGCACAAAACAGGCGCAGUGAGACUGGCGGGGAUGGAGCAGGACCUUCGCGACACACAGGCGGAUCUAUAUCUGCUAUAGAGACAGCUCGAUUAUUAGCUAAAGAAUUAGGUCGUGAGCCCACACCGAUGAGCCCACAACCGAGGAGUGUUUACAUACACUCACACGAAGGACACGCUCGCAAUACCUUUGUCGACAGACGAGAACUAUACUACAGCUCGGGACGUUUGUUACUUCUCACACCGAUGAAUCCGAAGCUGACAAGCAUUGACGAGGUAGCACUUUAUCCGAGCUGUAGGGGGCGAGAAGAAGAGGAUAGGUAUAUCGGCAUCGGGUCUCAGGCAUCCCCAGUUUUACAACUGGCUCAGCAGCUCACGUCUUCUACACCAGCGCAGCCACCGCAGCCGGAGCACACUGAUCGCACUAUGAUGAUGAUGAUACCGGGCCUCAGCUUGCCUAUCACAGAGACAGAUUGCAGAGCUUCUGAGCGCAUGUGCGCGGCUGUCCCGUGA